AUGGCAGAACCCAGUCGCCCCACGCGGCCAUCUCUUGGCCAGAUGCGCAGCAGCUCAUUCCUGCAGGACCAUCAACAAUAUAAGCCGAUGGCACCGAUCAACCAAAUCAACCAAAACAUCGGAGAGGUUCUAGCAAACCAAGUGGACGACCUAGCCCUGAACGCCAACCCAAUCAAGCCCGACCCAGAGCGCGUCACCGAUAGCGGUGUCGUCCACAAUAUCUUCAACCACCACGAAAACCCCCUCCCAAGCGGCACAGCCCAGAUCGUCGCGACCAUCUACUACAAAUCCGCCAACCCGGUCCACCCCCACUACCACCCCGAUGCGUCGCCCAAUCCCUCCGCUAGCAUCCCUGCUCCCACCGUGCCCAAGGUUUCAGCUCCCACGGAAGACAUGGACAAGUUCCCCCGCGAGCCCCCCGCGCCAGAGCCCGAGCCUCUCGAUCACCUGUACGGGCCGUACGUCUCGCAGAUGUGCUUGACGAACUUCCUUCAGAUCCUGGAGGCCUUGCCUACGCCCUACCAGCGCAUGAACACUUCGCACCGCUGUCUGGAUCGCGAAGAGAACCCCCGUGUUGUGGAGGUUACAUUCUCUCCCCCGCCAAACCCGGACUAUCUCUCAUUCCCAGAUCUGCGGAAGCACGAGAGCAUCUGGCGCUUCGAGCGCGAGUGGAAUGUCGAGGUUGUCUUGCAGCAGGAAAGUGUCUUCCGCCGACACAAGCGUCUUGCUGUGUUCGAUAUGGAUAGCACCCUAAUUGACAACGAGUGCAUUGAUGAGAUCGCCAAGUUCAUUGGUGUCGAGAAGCAGGUCUCUGACAUCACCGAGCGCGCCAUGAACGGUGAGCUGGACUUCUCCGCAUCCUUGCGGGAACGUGUCGGCCUUCUCAACGGCGUCCCCGCAGACGUCUUCGAGAAGCUCAAGUCUGUCUUGAAGAUUGCCAAGGGUGCUCGUGAGCUUUGCCGCGCAUUGAAGACCCUCGGUUACACACUUGCCGUCGUCAGCGGUGGAUUCCAGCCUCUGGCCGAAUGGCUAGCCGCCCAGCUGGGCAUCGACAUUGCUGUUGCCAACCACCUUGAAAUCGACGAGACCACUCAAACCCUUACCGGCAAGCUGGUCCCCUCAUACCCCAUCAUUGAUGCCGCUCAGAAGCGCACACUGCUCAAGCAGUUCGCGGCCGAGCGCAAUAUCCCCAUUGCGCAAACCAUGGCCGUUGGCGAUGGCGCCAAUGAUCUGCUAAUGCUGCACGCCGCAGGUCUCGGCGUUGCUUGGCGGGCCAAGUCCAAGGUCCAGCUGGAGGCACCGACUCGCAUCAACGGCCAGAGUCUGGUCGAUAUCCUCUACCUGCUCGGCAUGGAUGACGAUAAUAUCGCGGAGCUGACCUCCCAAUGA